AUGGCACGCCCUCGUGCUCAUUCGGGCGCUGAUGCUCCUAAAGAGCCCCAUGCUGUAUCACUCAAAGUCUUGCGUCUAUCCCGUCCUUCUUUAUCCUACCAAUAUCCCUUGCCGGCGGCGAAUUCGAAGAUUUCGAGCAAAGCAUCUCUAAGCUACCCCGCCGUUAACCCGAAUGAUCAAUUCAUUCUCACUCCUAAUUUGACCCUACCUCCUGCCUUCGGAUCUGCAUACGUCGGUGAGACAUUUGCAUGCACUCUCAGUGCGAAUAAUGAGCUAUCCGAAGAUGAGACGUCACGUGUUGUUACUUCUGUUCGCAUUGUCGCCGAAAUGCAAACCCCCUCUCAGGUAGCAUCAUUGGAUCUUGAACCAGCGGAGGAUACAGCUUCAAUAGACGGGUUACAGAAGGGCCAGUCUCUGCAGAAAAUCGUACGAUUUGAUCUCAAAGAGGAGGGAAAUCACAUACUGGCGGUCAGUGUGAGCUACACGGAGACGUUGAUAGGCUCAGAUGCGCAGGCCGCAAGCGGGCGAGUGCGGACCUUCCGCAAACUCUAUCAGUUUGUUGCUCAGCCCUGUCUGAGUGUACGGACUAAAGCUUCCGAAUUGGCGCCACUUGAGGUUGAGAACAAGAGUCUGGGACCGUAUGGGAAGACGCGCUUGCUCCGCUUCGCACUAGAGGCGCAAUUAGAGAAUGUGGGUGAUGGUCCGGUCGUGCUUAAGCAAACCCAACUCAACCCCAAACCACCAUUCAAGUCAAUGUCCCUGAACUGGGAUCUAGGAAGACCUGAUCUACCUGACUCGCAGCCGCCGACUCUACAUCCUCGCGAUGUCCUGCAGGUCGCUUUCUUGGUUGAGCAGGAGGAAGGGCAGCAGGAUGGUCUUGAAACUUUACAGAAGGAUACGAGACGCGAUGGACGGGCUGUCUUAGGUCAAUUAUCUAUUGAGUGGCGCGGUGCGAUGGGGGAUAAAGGAUUUUUGACCACUGGAAAUCUCCUGACGCGACGACGGGCGUGA